ACCACCGGGCGAAGCAAGGCAUCCUUAGCACCUUUUCGUUGGGUCGAGGACGACGCGCAGGGAGGAGGAGCCGGAGACGAUGCUGCACUUCAGCCAUCCGGUGGUGCACCCCUCCCCGCCGGUGGUGGGAUAGGGGCAGGCGGAGGUGGAGAUGGUGCCGCCGGCGCAGGGGCAGGCGGUGCAGGUGGAGGGGCCGAACGGGGACGGGAACGCGCCUGCUGGGAUGAUCAUGAGGGACCCGUGGACGCGGUGCGGCCUCGUGUUCCGCCUCCUGCAGGCCGCCUUCGCGGCCGCCGCGCUCGCCGUCAUGGCGUCUACCGACGACUUCUCCUCCGUCACCACAUUCCGCUACCUCGUCGCAGCAGCAAGUGUGCAAUGCCUGUGGAGCCUCGCCGUGGCCAUUCUGGAUGCCUAUGCAAUUGUUGUCAAACGUUCCUUCCGAACUGCCCGGGCUGUCAUCAUACUUUCCCUCGGGGACUGGGAACACUGA